AUGUGGAUGGCGAAGAACAAUAACGUAGGACCCAAGGAAGGAGGAGGAACAAAUGGAAUUGUGGCUGUUGCUAUAGACAAAGACAAAAGCAGCCAACAUGCUCUUAAAUGGGCGGUUGAUCAUUUGUUGCAGAGAGGCCAAUCCGUCAUUCUUGUCCAUGUCAAGCUUCGACCUUCCCCUUUAACCAAUAGCCCUUCUCUUCAUGCUUCCUCUGCAAAGCUGAGCCAAGAUAGUUCAUUGGUUUGUAGAGAUCCUGAAGGGGCUUCCAAGGAGUUAUUCCUUCCUUUUCGUUGCUUCUGCACGCGCAAAGAUAUUCAAUGCCAAGAUGUGUUGCUUGAGGAGUUUGAUGUAGCCAAAGCAUUAGUCGAAUAUGCAAACCAGGCCGCUAUUGAGGUUUUGGUGGUUGGUUCCUCCUCCAAAGGUGGCUUUCUCAGGUUCAACAAGCCUACAGAUAUUCCCGGGGCGAUAUCGAAAAACGCACCUGAUUUCUGCACGGUUUAUGUCAUAUCCAAAGGAAAGAUUUCAACAAUGAGAUCUGCUUCUCGCUCUGCACCAAUGAAUGCUCCUCUACGCAGUCCGGUUCAACCACCUAGCUUAAAGCCACCUCAACCUGUGCCUUCUACUUCCACUAACAUGCGAGCUGAGAGACGGUCUUUCGAGACUCAACAACGAAGGUCUAUCGAGGAUCAGCAACGCAGGUCGAUGGAGGAUCAGCAACGCAGGUCGAUGGAGGAUCAAUCAGAGUCAUUCAGAUCUCCUUUUACUAGAAGAGGCAAUGGGAGAUCAUACGGAGAUUUAUCUGUUCCGGAAUCAGACAUAUCCUUUGUCAGUUCCGGAAGACCAAGCAUUGACCGUAUCUUCCCUAAUCUGUAUGACAAUAAUAAUGAUCCAAACCGAACACCGCCUAGGCUGUCGAAUAUCUCAGAUAUGGACUCUGGUCCUAGCUUUGAGUCCUCCAACUAUGGAAGGAGAUCAGUGGAUAUAUGCUCACCUACUGAUUUUUCAACAGGCUCCUUUGAGAGCGAAAGAUUUUCAUCCGCCUCAGCAAUGGAUGAUGUAGAGGCUGAGAUGAGGAGGCUUAAAUUGGAGUUGAAGCAGACUAUGGAAAUGUACAGUACAGCUUGCAAAGAAGCACUAACAGCAAAACAGAAGGCGACAGAGCUUCAGCGUUGGAAGCUAGAAGAAGAGAGGAAACUAGAAGAGGCAAGACUUGCAGAAGAAGCAGCAUUGGCCAUUGCAGAGAAAGAGAAAGCAAAGUCCAAAGCAGCUAUGGAGGCAGCUGAAGCAGCACAAAGGAUUGCUGAAUUAGAGGCAAAGAAGAGAGUUAACGCGGAAAUGAAAGCUCUCAAGGAGUCUGAGGAGAAGACAAAGGCCCUUACCGCUUUAGCAAACUCAGAUGUAAGGUAUCGAAAGUACUCCAUUGAAGAGAUUGAGCGUGCCACGGAGUAUUUUGCUGAGAAAUACAAGAUUGGAGAAGGUGGUUACGGACCUGUCUACAAAUGUUAUCUUGAUCACACUCCAGUAGCUGUCAAAGUUCUUCGUCCAGAUGCAGCUCAAGGAAGAUCUCAGUUUCAACAAGAGGUUGAGGUAUUGAGCUGCAUUAGGCAUCCUAACAUGGUUCUACUUCUUGGAGCUUGCCCUGAAUGUGGAUGCUUAGUAUACGAGUUCAUGGCCAACGGGAGCUUAGAAGACCGCCUUUUCAGAUUAGGAAAUAGCCCGCCUCUCUCGUGGCAGACGAGGUUCAGAAUCGCUGCAGAGAUCGGUACUGGACUAUUGUUCUUACACCAGGCCAAACCUGAGCCUCUGGUUCACCGUGAUCUUAAACCGGGAAACAUCUUGCUAGACCGUAACUUUGUCAGCAAGAUAUCUGAUGUUGGUUUAGCCAGAUUAGUUCCUCCAUCAGUAGCAGACACGGUGACACAAUACCGGAUGACUUCAACCGCUGGCACGUUCUGUUACAUCGACCCAGAGUAUCAACAAACAGGAAUGUUGGGUGUGAAAUCUGAUAUUUACUCGCUCGGCAUUAUAUUUCUGCAGUUAAUAACAGCAAAACCACCAAUGGGUCUCACUCAUUAUGUCGAAAGAGCACUCGAGAAAGGGACUUUGGCAGAUUUACUCGAUCCAGCUGUGCCUGAUUGGCCAGUUGAGGAUACCGCAGAGUUUGCUAAGUUAGCUCUGAAAUGCGCAGAGCUAAGGCGAAAAGACAGACCUGAUCUUGCUAAAUUUAUAUUGCCAGAGCUAAACAGAUUAAGAACACUUGCUGAAGAAGCAACACAUUCUGUGAUAGCAAUCAGUAGUCCAGUACCAUCCCCAACCGGAAGCCAACCUCCCUUGAAACUGGAACAGAUGAGUGGUGCUUCUAUCUCCGUGCCUCAGUGA